AUGUCUCAAAAGACAAUCAGUGAGAUAGAAGGAGGGACGGGGACUCUGCGUCCAACACCGUAUUCAGGAGGAUUGACAGCAAACGUUGUCAAACUAGGUCACACAGCCAAAUUUACAGAAUCAAAUGGUUCACAAGCAGAAAUGCUAAAUUUCAGUCUUGCUGAUGCCACAGGAGCUAUUUUGGCCACCAUAACGGAUAAGACACAGUUCAGGCAGAUUAAAGAAGGAAAGACUCUACUGAUUAGAGAUUUCAUCGUCAAAAAUGGUAAAAUUGCAUUGUCCGUAAGAACUAAAGUCAUGACCAGACCAGACAUCGUGGUUCCUGAUGAACUGGAAGAGAAAGCCAUCCAGCUGAUCCUGCCACCAUCACCUGUCAAGAGGAUUGGGGAAAUAAUAACUUCCCCUCAGAAAACUAUAACAACAAUUCAGGGACAAGUCAAAAAAAUUGAAGCAACAAGAAUUGUGCGAGUAAGUGGAGUGGAUACUACAAUUAGAACCAUUUACUUGGAACAGGAUGGAAACUCCAUUGACCUUACUCUUUGGAGGGAACUUGCCAGUAAGGAUCUCGCAACUGGGCAAUUUUUGGGUGUAUCGCACUGCCUUGUCAACGAAUGGCAAGGAAAUAAAAGUUUGAACAGUACGAGGAACUCUACAAUUGAGGUGAUACAGCCUUUAGCCACAACAAUGACUGGAGAUGUUGAGACUCUAUCACUUCAGGAGUUCUCUAUUGAAGUGGCAGUGAAAGACCAUAGUGGAAAAUACAAGGACUUCACAAUUGACUUGGAUUUAAUGACAAUUUUAUUUCCUAAUGUUGCAGAAAUGAAUGACAAUGAAAAAGAACAAUACCUUCUUAGCAAAAUUCCGAUUAAAGUGAAACUCACUGUUGUGGGUAGAAAUGUUUCAGAUAUAGAAUUGAUUGAUGAUCAGGAGAGUGCAGCUGAGAUGGAACUUGUCCUGUAA